AUGCUGCUGGAUGGUUCCUCACCCCUCUCGGGAUAUAGCAAACUCUUGUUCCUGGCCUUAGCUGUCCUUGUGGUCCUGACUCAGGCUUCCCCAGAUGGAUGGGCCAGAAAGUGUGGUUAUGGAACUGGCAGGUGCAGGAAGCAUUGCAAAGAAAAUGAGAAGAAGAAAGAAAAAUGUGGGUUAAGAAAGCUUUGCUGCAUCCCUGCAAAGCAUAAACCAUCAGAACCUGCCAAGAAAGAAGAGAUGACCUACAGGGCUAUGGCAAGUAGCACCCGAAAAUGCUGGAAUCGUCAUGGCAAAUGCCGCCAGAAAUGUUUCAGGAAGGAAAGGGUCUAUGUUUACUGCACAAAUAAUAAAAUGUGCUGUGUGAAGCCCAAGUACCAGCCAAAAAACCUUCCAUGGAAAGCUUAAGUUCCUUGAAACCUGAAGUCAUCAAAAGGCAGGUGAAGCUACGCUGAGUCUGACCACAGUGGAUUCUCAAUCUCUGUCAAUAAACACUUCUGGCUGACCCCUAU